UUUCAUCCGCCCAUUUUAAGAUAGCCAGUAAAGUUGAAAUUUGGAGUAACUUUAGCAACUCUCCUCCACCUUUCUCUCUCCUCCGCUCUCCGCCACCACCACCUCCUCCUCCUGCUGCCGUCACCGGCAGACGCAGAAAGCCAGGUAAAACUCCUUCUAGAGGAUUAAACUCUAGAAGAACAAGGAAAUCAUUUGAAAACUUGAUGCAGAAACUGAUAAGUUCCAUCAAAACCCUAUCAUCGCUACAAUCGCUCAAUUUUCCCUCAAAUCUCUCGUCCACAUCUUGUCGCUCUUUUCCUUUCCCGGCGCUCGUUCCACGCCUCCGAUCUCGCAAAUUCUCAUCGACUCCUGGUGAUUUUAGGACAAUUCCGAUGGCAUCGUCGGGAACGGGGAAGUUGCCGGCGGCGGAGGAGAUAGAAGACAGUUUAGGAAAGAAGUUCUGGAACAAGUUCAAAAAGGAGCGGACUGAAGCUCUGUACACUCCAUUUAUGAUCAGUUUGGCUGCUGGAAAUCUCAAGCUCGACACCUUCCGCGAUUAUAUCGCGCAGGACGCGUAUUUCCUGCGUGCCUUUGUGAAAGCGUAUGAAAUGGCUGAGGAAUGUGCUGAUGAUGACGAUGCAAAAGUUGGGAUCAAUGUACUGCGAAAAAGUGUUAUUAAAGAACUGAAAAUGCAUGAUUCAUCUGGUGAUAUAUGGGGUUUUGAUUUGCCCAAAGACAUUACUCCAAAUGCUGCAACUGUUAAGUAUACAGAUUUUUUGUUGGCAACAGCCUCAGGAAAGGUUGACGGAAUAAAAGCUCCUGGUAAACUGGCUACUCCUUUUGAGAAAACAAAGUUGGCAGCUUAUACUAUCGGUGCCAUGACUCCUUGUAUGAGGCUUUAUGCCUUUCUGGGUAAGGAGUUGCAGGCACUUGUUACUCCCGAUGAAGGUGUUCAUCCGUACCAAAAGUGGAUAGACAAUUAUUCCUCUGAUGCUUUUCAGACUGCAGCUGUGCAAACAGAGGACCUCUUGGAAAUGUUGAGUGUGUCUUUGACUGGGGAAGAGCUUGAUAUAAUUGGAAAGCUUUAUCUUCAAGCUAUGAAGCUCGAAAUUGAGUUCUUUCUUGCCCAGCCACUUGCGCAGAAAAUUGUUGUUCCUCUAUCAAAAGAGCACAAUCCAGCAGAAAAUUGUCUCAUGUUAUUUUCAGAUUUCGAUUUGACAUGCACUGUUGUGGACUCAUCAGCAAUUUUGGCGGAAAUAGCAAUUAUAACAGCUCCAAAAUCAGAUCAAAAUAAAUCUGAAAAUCAACUUGCUCGGAUGUCCUCAGUAGAUUUGAGAAAAACGUGGGGAGAACUUUCCAAGCAGUACACUGAAGAGUAUGAACAGUGCAUUGAAAGCAUAUUGCAUUCUGAUAAAGAGGAAAAGUUCAAUUAUCAAGGGCUACGUACAGCACUUGAGCGCCUUUCAGAUUUUGAGAAAAAAGCAAAUUUGAGGGUGAUUGAGUCUGGGGUAUUGAAGGGUCUCAAUGUUGACGACAUUAAACGGGCAGGAGAACGACUCAUCCUUCAAGAUGGCUGUACCAAUUUUUUCCAGAAUGCUGUUAGGAAUGAAAACUUAACCAAAAACAUCAAUAUCCUUUCCUAUUGCUGGUGUGGUGAUCUGAUCAGGUCUGCUUUUUCCUCAGGUGGCUUAGAAGCUGUUACCAUACAUGCAAACGAGUUUGUCUAUGAAAACUCAUUAUCCACAGGCGAGAUUGUUAAGAAGGUUGAGUCCCCCAUCGACAAAGUUCAAGCGUUUACCAAAAUCUUGCAGAACUGCUGCAAUGAUAAGAAGAUCCUGACGGUCUAUAUUGGAGAUUCAGUGGGUGACUUGCUUUGCUUGCUUGAGGCAGACGUGGGAAUCGUGAUAGGUUCAAGUGCAAGCCUCAGAAGAGUGGGGAGUCACUUUGGUGUUUCUUUUGUUCCCCUUUUCCAAUCUCUGGUCGCAAAACAAAAACAAGUGACAGAUGAAAGCAUGUCUGGUUGGAAGGGUCUUUCUGGAGUUCUUUACACAGUAUCAAGCUGGGCAGAGAUUCACUCUUUCGUACUGGGGUUGUAGAAGCUCUUGCUCUCGUAUACGCGGCAUCUAAUGUUUUCGAGAGAUGUCUAUAUAGGAUAUAUACAUACAAGCUUGGUGGCUGUUUUUGUUGCGGGCCACGCAUAUCAUCAGCUUUGUUGCUCCCUUUGUUUUUACUACAGGGUCUUCAGCUCAACAAUCUGUUCUCGCUUUCUUAGGUAUCCAUUCUAAACUGUAAAUGCAAUUCUUUUGGCUGGAGUUUUGCUUAAAAGCUUUCCCCCUCUUUACAUUUUUCGUAUCCGAAGCUUGAUUUUCGCCUAUCUCUGCCCAUCAAGCCUUUGGUGUUUGUUGUUAGUAUUGCAACAUUCAAAUGUAGUAGACAUAUAUGUUUCACCAUUUGUACCAUGUUGCUAUUCAAGUUUUGCAUUGAAUGGCAUUUUGGAGUAUUAUCAGUUCUAUGGUAAAUUUUGUAGUUUUAUGG